AUGGUUUUCGGGAAUGGCCUCGUUAUCUACGUCCUGUCUACAUCUCCGAAUUUGGAAGGUAAUCAGUAUAAAUUCAUCUUUAGUCUCUCGCUGAUCGACCUUACACUUGCAGUUAUAAUCACGCCGGUGUUCGUGAUGUUGUACGUAACGCAAGAUGAAACUUUGCGGGACGCCGUGUGUCAGUUCGCGGGAUGGUUUGGAUAUUCAUUGGCAUUAACAUCGUUGAUGAACUUGACUCUUAUCAGCCUUGACCGAUAUUAUGCGUGCUGCCACCCACUACAUUAUCACCAAAAGUUGACGCCACAGAGAGUUAAACGCUUGAUACUGGCGUCUUGGAUCUUUGGCUAUAUACUGGCAGCACCUCCGCUGUUUGGUUGGGGGCGUUACGUAUAUGUACCUUACGAGCUCACAUGUGGUCUUCUCUAUUGUCGCAAUGUGGAAACCAUGUCAUACCUAUCAGUAGCUUCAAUUACGUGUUUCCUUCCCUGUAUCCUAACAAUUAAUAUCGUAUAUUAUAAUGUGAUUAAAGUUGCUCGGAACCAACGUAAAAAAAUCCAAGCUGUCAAUAACGCAGUUUUUCACAAACGAACACACGAUGUAAAAAAAUUCCAAACGGCUUUCACGUUUGGAGUAGUUAUCGGUGCGUACUUUUCCCAGUGGACGCCAUAUGUGGGUGCACGACUGUAUGGGUUCUACUUCGGUGAUACAGCUGCCGUGCAAAAAGCUAAACUAGCAACUUUAAUAAUAUAUGGUGUUUGCCCAGUCCUCAAUCCGAUCAUAUACUCGUUUUCGCACGGACCUUUCAAAAAAGAAGUCAAAAAGAAGUUAGGACUAGUCGCCAGAAAUGUUGAUAUCACUCCUACAUCUAAAGGUGAUACAACAAUUGUGGUGAUUGGUUAA